AUGGCAACGCCUUGUUAUAUCCUUUUGUUCGGUGACCAGACGGAGACUAAGUUCAGUGUCAAAGAGCUUUUCGAAUACAGUGAGCGGUCUGAACGUGUCCGGCUUUUUAUUGAGCGCGCGCAGAAUGCUGCACGUCAUGCGUUUGACACCGCGAGUACCCCUGACAGGGGGAAAUAUGGCUUUCAUUCCUAUCUCGAGCUAGAAGAACGCAUUUUGGCGGAGACGGUUCCAGAUGUCGUUGUUCGCACUUUACUACUUUGCUUCGCCCAAGUCGGCCAUCUCAUCAUGCGACUAGAAAGGGACGACCAAGUCCGUGACCUGUGGUCUAAACAGAGACUUGUCAUAGUUGCAUCAUGCGCCGGCCAAAUCCCUGCAGCUCUUGCAGCCACAACAAAUUCAUUAGAUGAGCUCGCCGACGCUGCGCCUGAGGUUGUUGCUACCUCUAUCCGGGCCGGCAUAGACGUCGACCGUCGAACAAACGAGUACGCUGAUGACCGCUCUAAGAGCUGGGCUACAGCCGUAGGCGUGCCCCUGGAGCAUGCUCGACAGGUGGUGGCUGGAUUCAACGACAGCAAAGAUCUCACACAUGCUAAAGGGCUGUAUUGUGGCGUGACGUCUGCCUGGGCGACAACCAUAAUUGGACCUCCAAGACAGCUGGAAGAGUUUUUCGGCUCGAAACCAUUUGGUGAAGCCCGUGUGACGGCCCUGCCUAUCAAUGCUACUUUCCAUGCAUUACACGCGGAGAAGCCUGAUAUCGAGUGGAUAAUUGGAGAUACCCCAAAGCUUAAUAGCCUACACCUAACUGACGCUUGCUUUCUGUCGAGUGAGUCGGGCGCGGUCUUUCCACCACAGACCGCAAGAGAUCUACUCGGCGAGGCGCUUUUGAACAUCUUGAAUCGAAUGACAGAUAAUGAAAAGGUGUUUGGGGAGGUUCGGGGCAUAUCCGGGGAUAGGGAAGUGUGCAUCUUUUCGGUGGUUGCUGAAAAAGUGGCAGCUCGUAUGAUCAAAGUCCUUGGAGAACAUAAGGCUCAUGUGAGGUCGAAUAUCUAA